GCGGGGCCCGUGACCCGCUAGGGCCCGCCCCAGCAGCCGGAAACGCCUGCGGCGGGAGUCUAGGAGGUAACCGUGCGCCUUCACGGUCCUCCAUGGCCUGCGCCGCGCUGCUUGCCCGGGCCUACGGCCCCGUCCGCAGAGCUCUCCGCCGUCAGUUACACACCAUCUACCAGUCUGUGGAGCUGCCCGAGACACACCAGAUGCUGCGCCAGACAUGCCGGGACUUUGCUGAGAAGGAGCUGGUUCCCAUCGCGGCCGAGCUGGACAAGGAGCACCGCUUCCCAGCGGCUCAGGUGAAGAAGAUGGGCGCGCUGGGGCUUCUGGCCAUGGACGUGCCGGAGGAGCUGAGCGGCGCUGGCCUCGACUACCUGGCCUACGCCAUCGCCAUCGAGGAGAUCAGCCGGGGCUGUGCCUCCACUGGUGUCAUCAUGAGUGUCAACAACUCCCUGUACUUGGGGCCCAUCCUGAAGUUUGGCUCCAAGGAGCAGAAGCAGAAGUGGAUCACGCCUUUCACCAGUGGCGACAAGAUUGGCUGCUUUGCCCUCAGUGAACCAGGGAAUGGCAGUGACGCAGGAGCCGCCUCCACCACCGCCCGGGCAGAGGGUGACUCCUGGGUCCUGAACGGCACCAAAGCCUGGAUCACCAAUUCCUGGGAGGCCUCGGCCACGGUGGUCUUUGCCAGCACCGACAGGUCCUUGCAUAACAAGGGCAUCAGUGCCUUCCUGGUUCCCAUGCCAACGCCUGGGCUCUCCUUGGGGAAGAAGGAAGACAAACUGGGCAUCCGGGCCUCGUCCACGGCCAACCUCAUCUUUGAGGACUGUCGAAUACCCAAGGAGAACCUGCUGGGGGAGCUGGGGAUGGGCUUCAAGAUAGCCAUGCAAACCCUGGACAUGGGCCGCAUCGGCAUUGCCGCCCAGGCUCUGGGCAUCGCCCAGGCCGCCCUGGACUGUGCUGUGAACUACGCCGAGAACCGCAGGGCCUUUGGGGCACCCCUCACCAAGCUCCAGGGCAUCCAGUUCAAGUUGGCGGACAUGGCCCUGGCCCUGGAGAGCGCCCGGCUGCUGACCUGGCGCGCUGCCAUGUUGAAGGAUAACAAGAAGCCUUUCACCAAGGAGGCAGCGAUGGCCAAGCUGGCUGCAUCGGAGGCUGCCACUGCCAUCAGCCACCAGGCCAUUCAGGUCCUGGGUGGCAUGGGCUACGUGACAGAGAUGCCGGCCGAGCGGCACUACCGUGACGCCCGCAUCACCGAGAUCUACGAAGGCACCAGCGAGAUCCAGAGGCUGGUCAUCACGGGGCACCUGCUCAAGAGCUACCGGAGCUGAGCCCCUCCGGCCGGGCCGACCAGCGCCCCACCCAGCUCGGGGCUGGCCCGAGGACUGUGGGCAAGGGAGUGGGAGCUGCGUGGCCUGCCCCCGACUCCCAGACACUGUGGGGAGGACAGGCCGCCCAGGCCCCAGGCUGUCUGGCGCGGACCUCUGCCUGCCCGAGGCCAGAGUGCCGGGGAGUGGGUCUCGGGCGAUGCGAGGCGAGCGAGGGGCUGUGACCUGUGCCUGAGCACCCCGUCUGCAGCUCCGUUUCUUGGCGUUGCUCCACCCUCACAACGGUGCCUUAUUUUCUUCAUCGGGGCCGUGGGAAGGGCUAAGGGACUGCUCUGGGGCUCCAUCACUCCCGUGGGCCCUGGAGCUCAGCCGGAGACUGGUGGGCCUGGGUCUUGGCGGUGUCUGCUCUUUUCCCUGAGACCGGGGGCUGGGAGGAGGUAGAAGUGAGAACUAAUGGGCCUCCGGCAGCAGAAGCUGUGCUCUCAGGCCCAGGGCUGCGCCUUUGGAAACACCGUGGCAUGUUCUUUGUGACGUAUCAGCGUGUGCAGGUGGCUGGUCUGGUUUGGGCUUUGGGACGUCAUGUGUGGGAACUGAGUAAUAAAGCACACCUGUGUCCCUGGA